GAGCCGCUUCAGCGUCAGCGUCCAGUGUGUGGACUUUGUCCAACUUCAGCGCAUGGCAGAAUACAGCGUCACCACGCACACAGUGAGCAACCCGUUAAUCCGUGCUGUGGCAGUGUGUGAGGAGAGAAACUCCACAUGGAAAAAGAACAUGGAGGAUGUGACCGUUUUUCAUGAGGGGUAUGGAGGCAAAGAGGGGGCCAGCUUUUUCGGGGUCUUUGACGGGUUUCACGGACAAAUUUCUGCAGUUACGGCAUCUAGGGAGAUGCCCGUUUUAGUCCUGGAGCAACUCUCCAAACAGGACCCCUUGCUCUCCUUGGAGAAGGACCAGGUGAAGCUACUGUCACGCUUUGAGGCCCUGUUCCAGAAAGACUACAACAGACCUUACCCAGGCCAGGCCCAGAACAUUGAACUAGGCCUAGGCCCUGAGCAGCUGGAGAAUCUGACCAAAGUGGAACAGGUGAACCUAGCCUUCACCACAGCCUUCUGGAAGAUGGACCGGGUCCUGGGGCUUGGCAAGAACGAGACCUCCAAGAUCCGCUGGAGUGGCUGCACAGCGCUCCUCUGCCUGAUCGACAGUGGGCUGCCCUCCUCAGAUGGGAAGGAGCAGGGAACAGGACAGGAGAAUAAUACACCAACCCCCUCACAGGAGUUACAGGGUGGAAGAAUUCUCAUUGCUAACUGUGGUAACGUCCAUGCAGUGCUGUACAAACAAGGCAGGGGCUUCCGUCUGACCAAAGACCACAGCACGUCCAACCCUAAGGAGCGCAAACGCAUCCUCCAGUCCGGAGGGGCAAUCAGCGUCAACAAACAGCACGGUUUGGUGGAGGGGCUGACCAAGGCCACCCGAGGGCUUGGUCAUUAUGGCGAUCGCAAGCUGAAGAAGUCAGUCAUCCCUGUGCCUUACUCUGUGUCGCUACCUACGGACCCAUCCUUCCAGCUGCUGGUCCUAGCGUCCAGUGGCCUCUGGGAAGUCUUGGAUGAGCAUGCAGUGGCUGAGAGAGUUCUGACUGUCAUUGAGUUGACUCAACAGAAAUUCAUAUUGAAGACCCUGUGCCUUAUGCAAACUGUUGAGGAUUCACUCAUUUCAGAUUCUCAAAGUUGCAUACAGUCAAGACCAGGGUCAUCUAUUUUUGAUAGUGUAGAACCUUCCAGUGUCAAGGAUGAGGACAACCCACCAGAGUUGGACAUGCCAGAGCCUCUGGGGGUACAAGCUAGAGAUAUGCAGAAUGCAGAGGAAACAGAGAGACAUCAAUCCUCAGUCCUGCAGCAGGAGAGUGAGGUGAAUGUGAAGGGAACUAUGGCUGACAGUCUGAAGAAUCUCAGCUUGGACUACGAGCACCUUGCAGCUGACAUUUGUAGAGAGCUAGUGGACACAGCAUUGGUCUCAGGUUCAAGGGAAAACAUUUCAGUCAUAGUCAUACUUCUUCAUGGAUUGGAUGUGCUCAGAGAAAACACUCUCAAAGGAGAGUUGACAAAGCAAACCAAUACCAUGUAAUUAUAACUUCAGGACAAUUUUUCAAGUUUUGCCAAGAAUGAACAGCUCUUGCAAUUCUUGUGAUAUUGUAUACCUAAUUUAUUGAAUUUAGUGACUUGUACCCUGACACUCAAACUGAUCAGUCCUUCUUCACUAGUCAUGUUUUACAUUGUUAAAUCCACCUGGCUUCAGAAAGAAGUCAGUUAGUGCCACUAUCGGUUGUUUGAGGCAAUAGGAUAGCAAGUCCGACACAGUGCAUCAGUUUUAUAAAAUGUAAUGGCCAGUCAUUAAUUCAAAUAUAGCCAACAAUUGUGCAAUGCAAUAAGAGUCCUCUGAAAUAUGAACACACCAUUUUGAGAAAAGUAACAAGACACAGGGGAGUUGCAAUUGAAUUGUUAAUAACACUACAUAUUUAAAAAGACCACCAUUGAUUAGCAUUUGACCAGUUUGUGACAAGGUAACAAACCCAUAGCUGACCUAGACCUACAUUGGUGUACUGUACAAUUGUUCGAAAUCUCUAGACAUUUUCCUGACAAGCUUAUGCUCUCCAAGAUGUAUUGGUAGAAGACAACAUUGCAACAUCCUAUAUAACAGUAGAGUAAUAUUCCACAGACCGAUGAUAGGUAAUAGUCAAGACUUAUGUUGGUGCAUGUUUUGAGGCCUAAUUUUAAACACCACUAAUUCUGACAAGUUGAUAGCUGAACAAUA